AUGGCGAAGAUGAAGCUUCUUUUCAUCAUCGCCUUCGCAAUUUCUUCUCUCAUUUCCACCGUCAGAUCUGAUUCGUCAGAUCACCGUUUCAAAGAAGCAGAUCCCGUUCCUCUUUUCGCUAACAAAGUUGGUCCGUUUCAUAAUCCCAGUGAGACUUAUCGUUAUUUUGAUCUCCCAUUCUGUUUGCCAGAACAUUUGAAAGAGAAGAAGGAAGCACUAGGUGAAGUGUUGAAUGGGGAUCGUUUGGUAAGUGCUCCUUAUCAGCUUGAAUUCCAACGGGACAAGGACUCUGUUUUGGUUUGCAAGAAGACACUUACAAAGGAAGAUGUGGGCAAGUUUCGUGCCGCUGUUCGUAAGGAUUACUACUUUCAAAUGUAUUACGAUGAUUUGCCUAUUUGGGGUUUCAUAGGGAAGGUUGAUAAAGAAGGGAAGGAUCCUAGUGAUUAUAGAUACUAUCUUUACAAGCACAUCCAUUUUGAUAUCUUUUAUAAUAAGGAUCGUGUUAUUGAGAUCAAUGUGCGAACAGAUCAGAAUGCCCUUGUAGAUGUUACCGAGGAUAAUGAAGUUGAUGUAGAGUUUCUGUAUACCGUGAAAUGGAAGGAGACCAACACACCCUUUGAGAAGCGGAUGGACAAGUACGCUCAGUCAUCUUCUCUUCCCCAUCAUUUGGAAAUCCACUGGUUCUCGAUUAUCAAUUCGUGUGUCACAGUCCUCCUCUUGACUGGUUUUCUUGCAACUAUUUUAAUGCGGGUCCUUAAGAACGAUUUUGUCAAGUAUGCACAUGAUGAGGAGACUGCAGAGGAUCAGGAAGAGACCGGCUGGAAAUACAUCCACGGUGAUGUUUUUAGGUUUCCCAAGUUCAAGUCUGUAUUUGCAGCUGCCCUUGGAUCUGGUACCCAACUGUUUACCCUUACGGUGUUCAUAUUCAUAUUGGCACUUGUUGGUGUGUUUUAUCCAUACAACCGCGGGGCUCUAUUCACUGCACUUGUUGUCAUAUAUGCACUGACUUCAGGAAUUGCUGGCUAUACUGCAACCUCAUUCUAUUGUCAACUGGAAGGAACAAACUGGGUUCGGAAUCUGCUAUUGACCGGAUGCCUUUUCUGUGGACCACUGUUUCUGACAUUUUGCUUUCUGAACACUGUUGCAAUUGUCUACAAUGCUACUGCUGCUCUCCCAUUCGGCACAAUUGUCGUUAUAGUUCUCAUAUGGACACUUGUUACUUCUCCUUUACUUGUAUUGGGAGGAAUUGCUGGGAAGAACAGCAAGGCUGAAUUUCAAGCUCCUGUCCGCACAACUAAAUAUCCAAGGGAGAUUCCUCCUUUGCCAUGGUAUCGGGGAUCAAUUCCUCAGAUGGCGAUGGCAGGAUUUUUGCCUUUCAGUGCUAUAUACAUCGAACUUUAUUAUAUAUUUGCCAGUGUUUGGGGUCACAGAAUUUACACAAUCUACAGUAUUUUGUUUAUUGUCUUCAUCAUUCUCUUGAUUGUUACUGCUUUCAUUACUGUGGCAUUGACAUACUUCCAGCUUGCUGCUGAAGACCAUGAAUGGUGGUGGAGAUCAUUCCUAUGCGGUGGUUCGACUGGAUUAUUUAUCUAUGCUUACUGUCUGUAUUACUACUAUGCACGGUCGGAUAUGUCUGGAUUCAUGCAGACCUCAUUUUUCUUUGGAUACAUGGCCUGCAUAUGCUAUGGUUUCUUCUUGAUGCUUGGUACAGUUGGAUUCCGUGCUGCAUUGUUCUUUGUCCGUCACAUAUACCGAUCAAUUAAGUGCGAGUAG